GAGAGAGAGAAGGGGAAGGAGAGAGAGGAGAGAAAGAAGAGAUGCUGAGAGCCGGGCUAUGUCGAGCUCAGCGCCUCCUCCUCCCGCCUCUUCAGGGCCUCGGGGCCGCCAUCAGCCGAGGAGCUCAGCAGUGGCAGCCGGACGAGCAGUGGAUGCAGCAAUACUCCGGAGCCGUCAUGUAUCCCGAUCACAACAACAUCAAGUGGAAACCUGCGCCCUGGAACGACAAAGACCCUCCGGCAGAGAAAACCGUCUCUACCCUGACUGUAAACUUUGGGCCACAACACCCGGCAGCUCAUGGUGUCCUGAGGCUGGUGAUGGAGUUGAGUGGGGAGUCGGUCAAGCGGUGUGACCCCCACAUCGGCCUCUUACACCGCGGGACAGAGAAACUGAUCGAGGCUAAAACCUACCUGCAGGCCCUGCCCUACUUUGACAGACUGGAUUACGUGUCUAUGAUGUGCAAUGAACAGUGCUAUUCUCUCGCUGUGGAGAAGCUGCUGAACAUCAGACCACCUCCUCGAGCUCAGUGGAUAAGAGUCCUGUUCGGAGAGAUCACCAGAAUAUUGAACCACAUUAUGGCCAUAACCACACACGCUCUUGAUAUUGGGGCGAUGACCCCAUUUUUCUGGAUGUUCGAGGAGAGGGAAAAGAUGUUGGAAUUCUACGAGCGGGUUUCCGGAGCCAGAAUGCACGCAGCUUAUGUCCGACCUGGUGGCGUCCAUCAGGACCUUCCCCUCGGAUUAAUGGACGAUAUAUACACCUUUAUGACCAAUUUCUCGAUCCGAAUUGAUGAGGUCGAGGAGAUGUUCACAGACAACAGAAUUUGGAAAAAUCGUACGGUUGAUAUUGGAGUCAUAACAGCUCAGGAAGCGUUGAAUUAUGGAUUCAGUGGGGUGAUGUUAAGAGGAUCUGGGAUAAAAUGGGAUUUAAGAAAAUCUCAACCCUACGAUGCCUAUGACCAGGUGGAAUUCGACGUCCCCAUAGGAAGUAAUGGAGAUUGUUAUGAUCGCUAUGUGUGUCGGGUGGAGGAGAUGAGGCAGAGUUUGAGGAUUGUACUUCAGGCCCUGAACAAGAUGCCUGAGGGAGAGAUCAAAGUUGAUGAUGCUAAAAUCUCUCCUCCCAAGAGAAGCGAGAUGAAGGAGUCAAUGGAAGCAUUAAUCCAUCAUUUUAAGUUAUAUACGGAGGGAUAUCAAGUUCCGCCUGGGGCCACUUACACAGCGAUUGAAGCGCCAAAGGGGGAGUUUGGAGUGUAUUUAGUGUCAGAUGGAACAAGUCGCCCUUAUAGAUGUAAGAUUAAAGCGCCCGGUUUUGCUCAUUUAGCCGGACUUGAUAAAAUGUCUCAGGGACACAUGUUAGCUGAUGUGGUUGCGAUUAUAGGAACACAAGAUAUUGUGUUUGGUGAAGUUGAUCGGUAAACAACGCUGGAAAUAAUUCAAUAUUACAGUAUAUUAAUAAAAAUAAUAAUAAUGCGGUCACUCAAUCCACAU